AUGAGGGAGAGUACACCAAACGUUAUGGAUGUAACCGCAGGGGUAGAAAUAAGUGAGACGAAAGAUAAAGUUCCUUGCAAGAAGAUUUACUCCUAUACGUGGAAUUGCGUCAAACCUUAUCAUAUCCCUGAUGCUCACAGGGACAUGUACUUAAUUUCAGGCGGAAAGCCUGCAUGUUGCAGUAUACUUCUUCAAGACAGCUCUUAUGCAGGACAUGUACUUAAGUUCAGGCGGAGAGUCUGCAUGUUGCAAUAUACUUCUUCAAGACAGUUCUUAUGCAUUUAUCAAAUGGUUUGCCGAAUCUACAGUGUACUCUGUUUUAUAUUCCUUUGCAUCUUGUUCUCUGCAGUUGAAUGCAGUGAACGAACUAAGAAUGGAGGUUGUCCUUACCUUUAUCGUAAUGAUCUUGUGGACACUCAAGGCAAUACUGUCGUUAGCGGUUCUUCUUAUAUCCUCAAGGCCCUAAAACAUGGGCUAGUUAUAGGACCCCCUGGUGCAUUUGGUGAAGCAAGAUUGGUUCUCCUGGAUAGAGUUAAUAGCACUUCUAGUAUCACCGUUAUUCCACAACUCAUAAAUGAUUACCAACCAUUUGCUCUACAAUUGGCGGAUGCAAAUCCUCCUCUUUAUUUGGCAGAUGUACAAGAUACACUUAUGUUUGAUACCCCGAAAUCUCCCCUUUGGUUCUUGCCUAACAAAGGAGCAAACAAUUUCAAUAUCGGUAGACAAACUACUCUAAAUUAUGGCGGAUCGAUUGGGAGUAAAUGCUAUCAAAAACUUAUGGGCACAUUAACUAACUGUAAGCAGUGCGAAAUCGAUAAGCGAAAUCCCGAAACGACCUAUUUCACAUUAACAAAAGUUGGCAAUUAA